CAUAAACAAAAUGAAGCAAGCCACCGAUGCCGAGUACACCGUCUAUGGCGAGUACGGCAAAUAUGAUAACUAUGGGAACUACGAUCAUUAUCCAAAGGGUGUCAAGGAAGCAGCUAAGAUGAUGGGUAUAUUGAUUCUCUUCGCUCUCCUAACUUCGAUCCCUAAACUUACACACCGGCAGCCAAUGCAAACAUGAAGCGCAACGAGAUGAUGAUGGACGCGAAGCAGGCGGAAGACACG